UUCGGUUUCAUGCUGUCAGAAACCUGCUAACGUUAUCUCCCUACGCUAAUGCUACUAACGUAAACAAUGAAUAGAAGACUAACGUUACUCUGCUAGAAACGCUCUAUUUUACAUCUAAAUGAUCAAGUACUCUCAUAAUGGCGGUUAGUUAACGUUAGCUACGAAGCUAGGUUACUUGGACAAUCCUUUCAACUUGCUUGCUGUCAGGUUAGCGUUAGCUUACGACAGCUAACUUCGCUAUGUGAACUCAGUAAGCCAGGAAAGUGGCGAUAAAGAAACUCCCUGCAACUCUCUGGUGUUGCAGGUCGCUCUCAUGUGCCCAUGGAGAAGGCAGCCUUUGAGGGGUGGCUGGAGUCAGUCUCCGCCGCUUUCCUUACUCUGAACGACCAGCAGCGAAACCAGUCUCUGGACCACCUCAUCUCUCUCAGUGGUGCCGUGCAGCUGCGUCAUCUGUCCAAUGGACUGGAGACCCUGCUGAAGCGAGACUUCCUGCGCCUGCUUCCCCUGGAGCUGGCCUUCUGCCUGAUCCACUGGCUGGACACUGAGACCCUGCUGACCUGCUGCCUGGUCUGCAAGCAGUGGAAUAAGCUGAUCAACUCGUGCACUGAGGUGUGGCAGGGUGUGUGCAGGAAGCUGGGCUGGAGGAUCGAUGAGUCCAUUCAGGACGCCCCACACUGGAAGGGGGUGUACCUGAAGGCUAAGCUCCGCAUGGUGCAGCUGCAGGACCAGGAGGCCUUCGAGACCUCCUCCCUCAUCGGGCACAGCGCUCGAGUUUACGCCCUCUACUACAAGGACGGCCUCCUCUGCACAGGAUCUGACGACCUCUCUGCCAAACUAUGGGAUGUGCGCACCGGGCAGUGUAUUUAUGGAAUCCAGACGCACACCUGCGCCACGGUGAAGUUCGAUGAACAGAAGCUGGUGACCGGGUCCUUCGACAACACCAUCGCCAGCUGGGAGUGGAGCACAGGGGCCAAAAUCCAGCAGUUCAGGGGCCACACAGGAGCAGUGUUCAGCGUGGACUACAACGACGAGCUGGAUGUGCUGGUGAGCGGCUCGGCUGACUUCACGGUGAAGGUGUGGGCUCUGUCUGCGGGGGCCUGCCUCAACACGCUCACCGGACAUACCGAGUGGGUCACCAAGGUGAUUCUGCAGAAAAGUGAAGUGGAGUCUGUGGUGCACAGCCCUGGGGAUUACAUCCUCCUGAGUGUUGAUAAGUAUGAAAUUAAGGUGUGGCCUUUAGGCAGAGAGAUCAACUGUAAGUGUCUGAAGACGCUCUCGGUGUCGGAGGACCGCAGCAUCAGCCUGCAGCCCCGCCUGCAGUUCGACGGGCGCUACAUCGUCUGCAGCUCAGACAUCGGGGUCUAUCAGUGGGACUUCGCCAGCUUUGAGAUUCUCAGGGUGAUAAAGACGCAGGACCCGGCCAACCUCUCCCUGCUCAGUUUCGGCGAGGUGUUUUCGCUCCUCUUCGACAACCACUUCCUGUACGUGAUGGACCUGAGGACGGAGGCCAUCUCGGGCCGCUGGCCGCUCCCCGCCUACAGGAAGUCCAAACGGGGGUCCAGCUUCCUGCCCGGCGUCACCUCCUGGCUCAACGGCCUGGACGGGGACAAUGACUCUGGACUGGUGUUCGCCACCAGCAUGCCGGACCAUAGCAUUCACUUAGUUCUGUGGAAGGAGAACGGAUAGAAGCCACUUGAAUCUACAGACUGCUAGGACCAGAGUGUGUGCUCUGAGAUACGAACCUACAACAUGCAUGGACCAAAGCAUUUCGUUUUUAUCUGUUUCUUCCUCUACACACAGACUCACACAUCGAAGGAAGGGAAGGAAACUGGAUCUGAUGGGCUCCUUGUAGGUCUUCUAAACUUGGACGAUAAAUCGGCACCAACAAAACCUAAAUUCCAAAAUAAACCACACUUUAAUUCUAAUGUAAAGAUUUUAAGCGUAACUGUUUCUGGCAGAUUGUGCGGGGAGAAUAAUCUGAAGCUGACUUUAAUCCAUGGUUUAGUCAUUUAGGAUUUUUUUUAUCAGGAUGAGACACGUUCGAUAACAUCUUUUAAAGAAAGCUUGCCUUAAACACAGUUACUGUAAAUAAAGGAGACCACUUCCUUUGCCAUCAGAUUUUGACCCGAAGGUAAAAAUAUCAUCACGGUUUUCUUUUCUUCCAGAGGAGCCCGAGGACGCUGUGUUCUGAUUGGUGUGUCGAGUGGUGUGGUACAUUGUCGUGUACCAUGUGAAAUAUUGUGAGGUCCACUGAAUACACUUUUCUACGGGACUGGUUUCAGUGUCGGCUUGAGAAAUGUGACGUGCCUUUUUCAGUUCCUUUGAUGUUACAAAGGAGGAUUCCUACCCUGCGUUGUAAAUCUUUUAAGUUGAUUUGUUCACACUUACUGUGCUCUAACAGUCUGAGAUGUCUGUAAUUUUAUAGUUAUCUACCUGACACGACUCGCAAAUUGCUUUUAUGAAUCAUCGACUUGUGUAAAGCAUCAGGUUUAUUUUUCUAAAGCUGAGGACUUGGUGAGCGUUUGGUUCUCUGCAAAACAGACGAUUUUAGACUUGGAUGAGUGGAUUUUCUGGCACGACAAAAGAAACUGUGAGCACGCCUCGUCCUGUGCAUCGACAUCAUGUCACAAUUCUUUUUUUUCUGCUUCUACUAAACUCAAACUCCACAGGGUUUCCCCAGAGAGUGUGUGUUGAUGUCUUCCUUUGCAUCGGGCAGAUCAACUCGGAUCGAUCCGUCCACCAAACCUCAGAACUUUGUCCUGAACACAGACAGUAACACACAGACGUAGGCCUACAGACUGUUCGUGGGGUUAGGUUUUUCAAAUCUAAUUAAAACACCACCAAUAUUA